AUGCCGCUAGGGACCACCCCCUAUCACCUGGUCUAUGGUAAGGCUUGUCAUCUUCCUGUCAAGCUCGAAUACAAGGCUGCAUGGGCGGUCAAGUUACUAAAUUUCGACAUCAAGCCAGCAACUGAGAGGCGUAUGAUCCAAGUCCAUGAGCUGGAAGAGAUAAGGCACCUUGCCUAUGAGAGUUCCAAAAUUUAUAAGGAGAAGACCAAAUCCUACCAUGACAAGCGAAUCAUUGCUAGACGUUUCGAACCAAACGAUAAGGUCUUGCUCUUCAACUCCAGACUUAGGUUGUUCCCAGGCAAGCUGAAUCUAGAUGGUCCGGACCCUUCACCAUUAAGGAAGUCCGCCCUUACGAAGCUGUUAUGUUGCUGGACAGAAAGGGAGACGAGUUCGUCGUCAAUGGUCAGCACAUCAAGCAUUACCUUGCUGACUCCACUAUCGCAGAGGGUGAAGAAAUUCUCCUAA